GUGCAUCAUAAUAAUGCAUAUGGGAUUUGCAUCGCUAUUUGCAAUGGUAUGCCAUGAUACAAGCAUUUUAAGGGACAUUUCGUGGUUUAAGUACCUUGGAGCACGCUGUUACGUCCAUCUGAUAGCAUCACUGUGGUACUACACCGGAAUUCACAUUGCUUGCGAAAAAGCCGCGGGUGGGCGGAACGGAUAAGAGCUCGGGUUUGAUGACGUCAUGGGCGCGCGCGGGGGGAGUAAAUGGAGGCGAUAACUGUCUCCUCACACACCGUUACAAGUGCAUUGCAUCUCUGCUUUUUAAGACUUCGAAUUCAUUGCUAUAUGUGGCCCACCGAAUGGUAUAUCUCGUUCCACCAACAAUUAAAAAAUGGCAUCAACAAUGGAAGCAGCAGAUAUCGUUGUUGUUGCCAUGUACUUUGUUCUUGUCCUGGCCAUUGGCUUUUUUGCGAUGUGGAAGGCAAAUCGAGGUACUGUGAGCGGAUACUUCCUUGCCGGUCGUUCCAUGAACUGGAUGAUGAUCGGUGCAUCGCUGUUCGUGAGCAACAUUGGCAGUGAGCACUUCAUCGGCCUGGCUGGCUCAGGUGCAGCAAGUGGGUUUGCCGUAGGUGCUUGGGAGUUUAAUGCAAUUCUUCUGCUGCAGCUCCUGGGCUGGGUCUUCAUACCCGUUUACAUCCACUCAGGUGUGUACACCAUGCCGGAGUACCUCUCCAAAAGAUUCGGCGGGAAGCGGUUGAAGGUUUUCUUCGCGUCCCUAACUCUUCUCCUCUACAUUUUCACCAAGCUCUCAGUGGAUCUAUAUUCCGGAGCGCUCUUUAUCCAGGAAUCUCUGGGCUGGAACCUGUACAUGUCCAUAAUCCUGCUCAUCACCAUGACCGCCCUUCUCACGAUAACCGGCGGCCUGGUGGCGGUUAUCUACACGGACACUCUGCAGGCAUUCCUCAUGAUAUCGGGAGCACUAUGCCUGAUGGCUAUCAGUUUAGUUAAGGUCGGAGGUCUUGAGGGUUUACGCACCAAGUACAUGAGCGCCUCUCCCAAUGUCACUGCCAUUGUUCUCAAGAAUAAUUUCACCAACUUUAAUUCCUGCGAUGUGCAUCCUAAGCCAGAUUCGUUUAAGAUCUUAAGAGGUCCUUUGGACAAAGACCUGCCGUGGCCUGCUUUUCUUCUGGGCCAGACUCCAGCCUCAAUCUGGUACUGGUGCGCCGAUCAAGUCAUAGUCCAGAGAGUCCUGGCAGCCCGGAAUAUUGCCCAUGCUAAAGGGUCAACCCUGAUGGCAGGCAUCCUAAAAGUCUUACCAAUGUUUAUCAUUGUGAUUCCAGGGAUGAUCUCCCGUGUGCUCUUUGCUGAUGAGCUUGCUUGCAUCAGUCCAGAGCACUGUAUGCGAGUCUGCAACAGCAAAGCCGGUUGCACUAACAUCGCCUAUCCUCGCCUCGUCAUGAACAUCAUGCCCGUAGGUCUACGAGGUUUGAUGAUGGCGGUGAUGCUCGCUGCUCUCAUGAGUGACCUGGACUCGAUCUUCAACAGCGCCAGUACUAUCUUCACCCUUGAUAUAUAUAAGAUGGUGCGUCACCAGGCUUCCUCCAAAGAGCUCAUGGUGGUGGGACGCAUGUUUGUGGUCCUCAUAGUGGCCAUUAGCAUAGCCUGGGUCCCAUUUGUCAUUGAGAUGCAAGGUGGUCAGAUGUUCCUCUACAUUCAGGAGGUGUCGGAUUACCUCACUCCACCCAUUGCUGCACUGUUCUUGCUUGGCGUCCUUUGGAAACGUUGCAAUGAGACCGGUGCAUUCUGGGGUGGCAUUGUGGGCUUCUUGCUAGGAGCUGUAAGACUCAUUCUUGCCUUUGUUUAUAGAGAGCCGGACUGUGACACAACCGAUGACCGCCCUGCUUUCAUCAAGGAUGUUCAUUUCAUGUAUGUGGCGGCUGUGUUGUUUUGGGUUUCGGGGCUCGUGACAGUAGUCAUCAGUCUAUGCACAGAUCCACCGAGCAAGGAACAGAUUGCUACGACUACUUUGUGGGGACUGCGCAACAGGAAUCAAACCGAGAACAGCAAACUUCCUCAGCUUUCUGAUGAAACAAAAAAAGAGAAGACAAUGAAUGAAGUGGAAAUAAAACCAUCAUCUCAGGUUAUUCAAACAGGGCCUGAAAUACUUCCAGAUGGCCACUUGGAGUCUCAACAUACCCACAAACAACAGGACAUUGAUCAUGUAGGUGAAGAUAAGGGACGGUGUGUGAAAUGUUUGGAGUGGUUUUGUGGGUAUAAUACAAAUUUAGAGGAACCAGAUUCACCUUUUGGAGACGAAGACAGGAAUGUUACUGAAAUGCUCAAAGAACCUCCAAAAACCAAAAUUAUCCUCAAUCUUGGUCUCUUGUUAGUUUGCACACUUGGCAUUUUCUUGUUUGUAUACUUUUCUUUGUAAUAUAUAAUUUAUGUAUAAUGCAUAAUUUUAACUAUCGAUCUAUUUGAGUUUACAUCGCAAACAUGUUCUAUUGAUAUUCUUAUAGAUUAUUAUAAACCUAUAUAUCUACAGUGUAGUUAUGGUUGUAAUUUAUGUUUCUCAAUAGUGUUUUGCACUGUAGUAUUGCAUAAUGUACAACUCACAUUUUAAUGCCAAGUAUUAUUGAUUUUUAGUGCUGGCUGCCAACGCGCUGCCUAUACUGUGCAAUCACAUGUCAGACGUUCACAUUAUAUAUAAUUAAUACUCUAAAAGUAUUGAAUGUAAUUGCAUGUGACAUUUGAAAGGCCAAAAUCUAAAAAUAAGAAACAUCUUCAUAAGUUAAAAUGUGUAUGUUUUUUUUUUUUGUAAAGUCACACGUCACCUCCACAUUUAGUAUUGAUCAUAUCAAAACCACAUGAAUCAUUAACCACAUGGUUUUUCCUUUUAAGGAAUAUUCCUGGUUCAGAACCAGUUCAGCUCAGUUGACAGCAUUUGUGGCCUAAUGUUGAUUAUCACAACAUUUAAUCUCCACUUCUACUUUUUUCUUACUGUUGCAUCCCUACUUUUCUUGAAAAAUCUUGGUUAUGUUGGACCAUUUAACAGAACAAUAGAAGUGAAUGGUGCCAAAACUUUAGCCACCAGUUGUGCGUUAACAAAAAAAAACUUACAAACCAUUUUUAGGUAAAAACAAUGACUUUAACAGCUUUACAGAACAAUUUUCAUGUUUCUGCCUAAGUUUUUGAAUACGUUGGCCAUAUUAACUUCCAUUAUAAGUGCCUUAGUGUAACCUUGAUAUUUGCGUUUGUUUAAAUUUUUUAACUGAAAAUUAAAUACAAGAACGAGAUGAGUAAUUUUUUUUUUUUUCACUGUUUUCACAAAUGCGGUUGAUUGAGCUUGUAUUACUUGCUUAUAUUGUUUUGUCUUAUUGUGCAUUUGUAACUCCAUUAGAGUAAUGUAGGUUAAAUUCAACAGUCUGUGAACUGACACUGUGUAAGUCAAUCUCGCCACUGAAAACAUCUCUACUCACCGCUGACCCCAUUAAAAAAACCAUAGUACUUUUUUGGUUUUGUUUGUUAAUGCGUGUUUGUCAUUCUUUAAUGUCACUGGAAUUAUGUGGGAUAAUAAAAAAAAACUCUUGUUCAAAUAAUAAAACAUUCAAAUAUUUAACUCUCCGACCUGAAAAUGUACACGUUCCCAGUCCAUGUUAGCAUAGCAACUGAAAAAAAAUCAUUUUGGCGUCUCUCUCUCUGGCGCUUUUGUAUUUACUUGGCUUGCGUCUUUCAUAGCUGGUUAGUUUUUAGCAGUAAGGUGGUGAGUAUUUCUGUAUUCAGGUCUUUGUGGUUUUGUUUCUUUGGAAACUCACCCUAUGUAGAUGAAGAUUUUUUUUUUUUUUAAUUACUUUGCGUAUGUGACCUUACAUGACAUUUUUAUGCCAACAGAGUUUGGUAUGAAAUGCCACACAGUUCUCUUGCUCUGUAUUUGUAUAGGUUUGUUGAGUUUACAUUUUUAGACAGGUUUCCCCUGUCUGCAGAGCUAGGUUUAUUAAUGUCACUUACGCGACAAUCUACUAGUCAAGUUGACUUGGGUUCAAACUUUGGCUAAGUACAGGUCAAUUGUGGUUUGGAAGUAUCAAGGCCAGCGUGUGUGAAUGUGUAUGUGUGUUUACAGGCAACUCUGAAUUCCCAGAAGUAAGAGGGAUGUACUUUUUACUUUUACUUCUUAGAAACUACUGUUUUAAUUAGCUGUCACAAUUAUGCAUUCCAUAUUUCUCAUUGUUAACAUAACUAGUUUUCAAAUGCUUUCAUACUGUUGUCUGAUUUCAUAAUCACUGUGCAGAACGUAUAUACAGGUGCAUCUCAAUAAAUUAGAAUGUCGUGGAAAAGUUCAUUUAUUUCAGUAAUUCAACUCAAAUUGUGAAACUCGUGUAUUAAAUAAAUUCAA